CUUCGAUCUUCUUCCUUCGCCAUUUUCAACUUAAUCAAAUUCGUUCAAUCGUUCUCUCGCACUUGCUGGAAUGCAUUUCAUCCGUUAAAGCGACAAUUUUAUUCGUUCAAGUAGUUUUUUCGCUCACCACAUGACCACUUGCGCUAAGCUCAUUAUAAGUAAUAUAAUAGACUCUUUUUAUUCACAUAUGUCGUAUUCUUCUUAGACUCUUUCAGAAUGAAACGAAACGGUCGUCAGCCGUAUAAAAGAGAAAGAGAUAGAAAUCAUAAAGGAAUGCAGACAAUGCAGCCGCAAUGGGAGCAAACUGUCGACCUCGCAACGAGUUGUAAUCCGGAGCUUUGAAACGACGACGAAACGGCGCGGUCGCGAUAUCGAGCGACCCGGUGACCUCUCUAUGACGGGCGGAAUUGAUUAUUUUCAACAGGAGAGUCACCGUAAAAUAUACGCGGCUACAUCGACGCGACGGGCUAGAUGACACGCUAGGUAUGUAAGCGGUAGUCCGUCAUGGAGAGUCGCUCAGGCAGUAUAAAGGACCCGAUUUAUUACCCGGAGAACGCGGAGAACGCGUCGGCUAUCACGGCGAGCACCAGCGACGCUGACAAGAGCCAGCGCAGCUCUCUUGGCAGCCAGCAGGAGAUCAGCCUGGAGGAUGGCAACGCGCUCAAAGUGCCGCGCAAAUUUAUCACCAAUUGGCGGCAGGCCUGCGACCGAACGCGUGAUCGCACCAAGGAUCUUCUUAAAAGAUGGAGAACGACCGCGAGCAACGUCGAGGAACUCGCCGGUCCACCGACUGUCGCCGUACCGGAGCUCGAGCAACCUAGCUGGAGUGUGCACGUCUGGACUACCUGGGUGAGCCGCUUUCCGAGCGACGACAGUUUAUCCGCUAUCAACGAAUUCAGUAAAAGCGAAGGCUCACAAGCUUUGGCUCCUAUACAGCGCGAUAAGUUCUCUCACUUCUUCAUGUACCUCUUGGACCAUGAUAGGGACGGUUAUGUCGGCAGGAAGGACUUUGCAAUACUUUCGGAGCGUUUGAGAAGAUUCGCCGACUGGUCGUGGAACGGUCCAGAGUACUUGAGAUUGCUGGAGAUCGAAACUGGAUUCGCCGGAUUGAUCCUGCAGGACAAAAAGGGGCCCAUGGAAUCAGACAGGAAGAUCGAUCUCGAUGACUGGUUGUCCUGGUGGGCGCAGAUUGUCGCACCGCCGGACGGAGCCAGCUACAACGACAUGCCGUUUUGGAUCAAAGUCAUGCCGCGGGUGUUUUUCCUCGCGAUAAACAGAUCCGGAAGCGGAAUGAUCAGCAAGAAGGAACUCGCGGCCUUUUACAGCUCCGUAGUCGGCCUGGACACUGACAGGAUAAACAAGUGCCUGGACACCGCAUACGACUCUAUGACUUCGAAUGGAGAUCAUCCUCUCGGCUGGAUACAAUAUCAGUUGGUGUUCGCUAACUUCUUGUUCGGCCGCGGCCCCUUCGGUCCUGGGGAACACUUCUUGGGCAUGACGGACUCCUGCAUGAUCCGAGGUAACACCAUACCGUUCCCUAUCGACUAUUCCGCGAUGAACACACCGCGGGACAAGCUGGAGGUCUACAGUCCUCAUUGCAAGAGCAACCGGCGCAGCGUCGUAGUUUAACGGUAAAUCUCAUCGCGAGAAAGAGAAAGAGAGAGAGUUCCCUCUGAUUAGUAGCGCAACGUGCACAAUCAUUCCUUGAGUGCCUCAUACCAUG